AUGAGUAAGGCUAUGGUCGCUGCUCUUGCUGGAAUCGUCGCUUCUACGGGCGGCAUUGACUUGUACGCCUCUGUCAAAUCUUAUUUGCCUGAAUUUGCAUGUCAUGAAACCAGCCUCGAUGACCAAGUCACAAUCAUUGACCUACUUUCACAUCGCACUGGGAUCACAAAUUUCGAUCCCAUUUGGCUGGGAUCGCACAACUCCCUCCUCCUCGGCAGAGAUGAGACGACAAAGACAUUCUCUACCCUGAAGCAAAACGAAUCUUUUCGUGCAAGCUUUCUAUACAACAACUGGGGCUAUGAACUUGUCGCAAAAAUUCUUGAAACCGUCACCGGAGACCCCUUGCACGUCUUGCUGCACGAGAAAAUAUUCAAACCCCUACAGAUGACACGAACGAGCACUUUAUGGGAUCUUGACGAAUCAAAUUCCGCAAAGUCAUACGGAGUACUACAAGACCUGACACCGGUCGAGAUAGGUCGCCCAGAGCUGGGACAGGGCACCCUGAUGGAAGCCGCUGGUUGGAUCAAGUCCACUAUGGAAGAUCUUACUCGUUUCUACUCUUCGUACAUAGUUGCUGUCAACGAUCAAGUCAUCUCCGGUUCAAAUUCAACGCCUGUAUCAAUAUUCCAUCAUUGUCGCGACUUGGUUACCAACCAUGCAAGAUUUCCCGGUCAGUUGCUGCGAGAACAGGGAUACGGGGCUGGCUGGGCUCGAAGUCAGUUGCCUGGCCAGCUAGGGCGCAUAUCUCUCAAUCCUUCAAUUGGGCCUGAGCCAAUAGUCGGAAAAGGCUCCGAGUCUCGGCUUGUAUUGUAUCAUCAUGGCAGCAUGCCAGGGAGCACUUCAUGUGUUUACCUGAUACCCGAGCUCGAUGCCUUUAUUGUGGUGCUACAGAACUCGCUUGCGCCCAUCGAUACAGCGGAUUUUGUGAGUCAGCAUCUCCUAGAAGGCCUUUUGAACACCAAAAUACCAAACGACUAUAAGCAACUGACCACAGACUUCACCACAAUCAGCCUUGGUCAUAUGGACCGUCUCAAGAGAGAGCUUGAUAUCAACAUGAAGAUCGGCACAUCUCCAAAGCCGCUCGCUGAGUACGUUGGGAGAUAUUGGAAUCGCAUAGGAAAUUUCUUCAUUGAGGUAUCUGACAGGAACGGCGGAUUGAGCAUGAGCUUCCAGGGUAAACCCUCCGAGAUGUUUGAGCUUGCACAUUACCAUGACGAUAUAUUCUCUUGGUGGAUGCCGUAUAACGAAGUUGCUCAAAGGGGGAGGAUUAUUACUGACUACCUUGCUUCGUACUAUCUCAUCUCGUUUUCGAGCACGGACGGGGAAGGUCUUAAUUGCCUGAAAUGGGCCUGGAACCCAAAUAUGAACGCUGAUAUAGGCGAAUUUCUAUCUAGGGAAGGCUAG